AUGCCACCCCACAAAGACGCCUCGGGCAACACUUUCAUCCGCCACACCAGCGGCCAGGUCACACACUAUAUCGUGAAUGACUUCACAGACCCUUGGAAGCCUCGAGAAACCGUGCUAUUGCAGCAUGGAUUCGCGCGCAACGUUGAGCACUGGUACCACUGGGUUCCCCCAUUAGCACGACACUUUAGAGUCAUUCGGCGAGACCUUCGAGGCCACGGCCUCUCAAGCGUCCCUAAGAAUGAUGGUAGCUACGACUACUCCCUAGAGACUAUUCUCGAGGAGAUCGUGGACAUGCUGGAUCAGCUUGGUAUCGAAAAGGUGCACUUCCUCGGCGAAUCUACCAGUGGCAUGCUGGGCCUGGCUAUGGCGGCCCAGUUCCCGGGUCGCCUCUUGUCCCUGACGAUAUGCUCCACGCCAACUCAUCUCCCUCCGAAGGCCCUCGAGAUGUUCGCCGUAGGUCAAAAAGUCAGCUGGCCUGACGCUUGCCGAAUUCUUGGCUCCCGCGGAUGGGCGGAGGCGCUGGCCAAGCUGCCAGGCACAGUCGGCGUGGACGAGGACGGCUACACUGCGUGGUGGGUUGAUCAGGUGGCGCGGUCUACGGGCGAAGGCCUGGCCGGCUAUGCGGAAUUCCUGUCACACCUAGACGCUAGGCCUUUCCUCAGUCGCAUCAAAGUUCCCGUACUUAUUCUGGCACCAAGGAGCAGCGCGGUCUUGACCGUGCCUGACAUGGAGCAGCUGGCUAGGCAGAUUGGGGCCUCAGCUAGUCUUGUGGUGGUCGAUGCGCCUGGGCAUGAGAUCUAUGUGUCUGGGGCGGAUCAGUGUCAGGCGGCUGUGCUGAAGUUCUGGAAGUCACUCGCUGCGUCUAGCGGAGGACAGGAUGAGUGA